AUGCGCAAGAACCACGAGAUUGCCGCGGUCGAGCAAGCGCGCCACGCACCUGAGCUGGCAACGGUACCACCCGACACGUCGGCGCCGACGGCAGCCGAACCGCCGGCCAAGCCAGCACCCACGAAAGCCAGCAACCAGCCAUCAGCGGCUGCGCGCACGAAACCACCGAACACAAAAUCGAGCGUAAGGCCGCCCAUUGCAACCAAGCGCCCGUCGUCGGCCACGUCAUCGCGCUUGGCCAAAGCAAUGGCGCCUCCCGCGCUGCCCCGCCCGCCACCGAAGAAGGAGCUUCUCCGCUCCGCUCUUAUCGUUGCGCUUCAGACCAUGACCGACAGCAUGUACGGCGCGCUGCAUGGUGGUCUGCAGCAGGAGACCGAGUCGCUGCCGCGGCGGACGAGCAUGUGGCUGCUCGAGACGGAGCUCCAAAGCGUCGUCCAUGCCUUCCUCGCGGCAUCGUCGCGGCCAGAGACGGAGCUACCGGAAUUGCCACCGGUGCUCGAGUCGCCUGAAGAGCUACUGGCGACGAAAGCCCACCACUGCCACUUGUGCGUCACCGAGGUGGCUGCGCACUGGUGCUGCGACUGUACGACGGCCCUCUGCUCCACGUGCCUGAGUGACGUUGGAUGUCAAGCCGAGCGGCAUCAAGUCGAGCGCUUCAUGGUCGACCAGCAGUCGGCGAUCGUUCUCGGAUCGACGUCGACGCCAGCGCUACCCGCGUCCCUUCCCAUCGUCCAAGCCGCCGACCUCCGUCUGCACGAGAAAGCAUUCCUCUGCGUCCCGCUGCAGCUUACGCCAGAGCUCUCCACUGUCCUGGCCACGACCAAACUGCAGCACGAACCGCCCAAGAGCCUGAAACAAUUUUGUCUCGUCUUGCGCAAGCAACUGGAGCUGUCGCCGACGUCCAAAACCGUGGCUGCCUUCCUUGAUCGGUCCCGCGUGAGCUCGUGGAGCUGUGACGAGCUGCGCUGCUUCCUUGACGUCGUCCACGUCCCGUCCACGGGUCUUCACAAGAACAAAGUUGACGGCCCAGCCUUUCUCAAGCUCACACCGGCCGCGUUCCAUGAUACGUUUGGACUGCGAGGCAGCUUUCCCCUGCAGCGAUGUCUUUUUUACCGCGCCUUGCUGAUGGAAAUGGAGAGCUACCGAGACAAAUAUAGUCUACCGUCCAACCUCACGCGUCUAUCAGCCUCGGACAAGACAACGAUGAAGAAGAAAAAAUUGAAAAAGCCGUCGGGACCAGGGUUCGUUGCGACGUCCGCGGCUUCCGAGCCGGUCGCCGCGACGAGGAACACCGCUGCAAACUCAACACAUGCUUCAAAAGAUCCUGUCCCGACGGCCGUCAAGAAAGCACAGCCACCCCCAACCAAGGCAGCUCCAAAGAAGGCGCCACCGAUGAACAAGGCGAUGAACCCCGACGACGCAGCGUUCCUUGCAAGCAUCCAUGACGGUGUCGAGGACCUCUUGAGCGCCGGGUUCGAACCCGCAAAGCCAAUCGCAUCGACGCAGCCGCACACGACGGUGUCGUUAGCACAGCUGCAAACUGAGGUCGCGCAGCUACUGCAGCGCUUUGAAGCCCUCCAGACCUCCGAGAUACCACCCGAGCUCGAGCCACAGAUGGUGGAAGCCGACAACCGCCUUCAAAACCUUUUGAGCAUGACGCCGAGUGACCUUGGGUCCAACGCCAUGUCGUUGGAUGUGAUCCGACGACUCUUGACCGCCAUCGAAGUGGGCCGCUCGCGCGCCCGCGUCGCUGCAUGUCCACCGCCGAUAAAGGCGCCGCUGACCAUGACGCUCUGGACGUACGAAAUGCCGGCGCCGACAGCCAAGCCCCUCGCCGGCGUGACGCCAGGUCCUGGCGACUACCAUCCAACGGCGAAACCGAGAAGCCACCCACGGCGCACCAAGCGGUCGCCAACGCGCCCGCCUGUCGACGACGACGACGACGAUUUGUCGGCGUUUGUCGCGUCCGAGACCCAAGCCGUCGACGGAAAUGCUUCCAAAACGCUUUUUCACGCGUCGUUUCUACAGACCGAGACGCCACAGGAGUCGCGCUGGCAGACGCUGCGCAAGAAGCAGCCACAGACGGACGCCGAGACGUGUUUAUAA